AUGAGCAACAAUAAUAAUCAACGUUAUGGCCUAAGAACUCGAAAAACCAACCCAGAUUAUAGAGAUAAUUUUAGAAGAAGUAAUCUAGACAAUAACACUCUAAAUCGUAGAAGAUCCAGUAACAAUAAUCAAAGAACUCAAGUAGAAAAUGAAGACAAAAUAUAUUCGGAAAUGUUGUCAAACAUUUAUCAGCCUUUUAAAUCUGAUAAUAAUGUACUAGAAUUCACACCACCACAAUCCACAAGUUUUUCUAGACCAGGCAUUAAAAUGAUGAUUUGUGGAAAUGUUAAAUUAAGAAUAAAAUAUCGAGACAAAGAACUUAAAAUCACGACAAAAUUAUUUACUAGAUUUAGAGAAUUAGCCAAUAGAAUAAAACUUGAUGAUAAUAAUAAUUGUCUUAGUGACAUUGGGACAAAUAUUAUGAUGAGAAAUAAUGAUAUAAGAAACUUAAGAGAAGAAAUUUUUAAUAGACGUCAACAACUGCUACAUUUACAACAGCGGAGGCGACGGCGGCAGGAGCAGCAACAACAACCCAAUAAUAUACUAGGAGAAGAUGAAGAUGAGGAUGAAGAUGGUUUAAGUGACUCAUAUACUAGUAGGCGACAAAACUUUGAUCUUGAUGAGGAUGAGGAUGAGCGUGAAGAACUUGAUGAAUUAUUUGCAGAACAGAAUAGGUUAGAACUUUCUAUUUCGCAAGGAGACAAUAAUGAGGAACUAAAUAAUAAUAAUGAUUAUGAACAAGAAACAAAUGACAUUGACACAGUUGAAGAUGAACAUGAAGUUGAUAUUGAAAAUGGUGAUGAUGGGUUAGAUGAAAAUAAUAUAUUUUAUGAUGGACCAGCAGAUACCAUUUCAUCAUUAUCAUCAAACAGUCAACACCAAGACAAUGAUUUUUUUUCCUAUAAGGAAACACAUUGGCAAUUUUAUAUUGGAGAUCAACGUAUUCCACUUGAUAUGACAAUUUAUGCAGCUAUUCAUUGGUAUAUUACAGCUGAUUCCAAAUGGGACUUGGAUCAACAAUAUGAGAUAGAGUUAAAAUAUUCAAGUGAACCAUAUGUUGUAGACCCAAAUUUACCACCUAAACUUGAUUGCAAAGUUAUUGAAAAAAACAAGUCAACAUUGGAACUUUUAAAACAAUUACACUGGUUGUACACUAAUACAAUUGAAGAUGAAAGUUAUCAGAGCAAUUUAUUUUUAUUUAAAAAUAUGGAGGAGCUUUUAAAUAAAAAAUUAAAAGAGCCAAUAGCAAUUUUGACAGGAAUAUAUCCAAUUUGGGUAUAUUCUGUUUUUCAUAACUAUCGAUUCUUAGUUUCAGGAAGGAAUCAAUUCAAAUUAUUUAAGGCACAAGUUUUUGGUAUACGUAUGUAUAAUGAGCGAGAUCAAGAUAUAUCUGGAUUUUCUAAAAAGGAAUUUAAUAUGAUUAAAAGAAUGUUACCAAUUUGGAAAGACAAAGAAAUACAAACACGUGAUAAAGUGUUUGAUUGGGCAUUGAAACGACUUGAAAAGGUGACCAGUCUUUCAAACAAACUUAAAAUCAAAUUUAGAGGAUUAGGAGGAGUAGGCCUUGGAGUUACUCGUGAUUUCUUUACUAUUUUGUCAGAGGAAUUUUUCAAGAAAAAUAAAAGAAUGUGGAUUAAUAAUAACUCGGUGGUAUGUGAAGGGGAAUUUGUACAACCAUAUAAAUCAGGAUUAUAUCCUGCACUAAUUGGAGAUGAAGGAGAACUUAAUAAACAUAUAGAAGGAGAUGAUGACAAAGAAAUGGAUUUAAAUAUGAGCAAAAUAUUUUUAACACUAUUAUUGAAAGAUUUAAACGAAAAUAUAAAAUAUGAUUAUGGUAUUGAUGAAAUAGAAGGGUUGUAUGAGCCAUUGGUUAGAGAAUUAAAAAAAUUUAAAUCAACAGAUGAUUGGCCAGAUUUUUAUAUACCAUCACCACCAGCAUUUAAUGAGAUUAACUUUGAGGAGGAGGAAACUGGUAAAACAGUAGCAAAAUAUCAAAAUAUUUUUAUAGAGUAUUUUUUUAAUACAGGGAUAAAUAGACAAAUAAAUUGGUAUAAAUUAGGAUUUGAACAUUUGUUUCCAUUUAAAUAUCUUAAAUAUUUAGCACCGACACCAACUGAGUUUACUUAUUUCUUUUGUGGUAAAACCAAGGAAGAUUGGACAUUAAAUACACUACAAAAGUAUGUUCAAAAGAAAAAUCAAUCACCAAUAAAUGAUAAGGAUUAUACGAUGAUAUUAAGGAUUAUGAGUAAUCUUGAUAAGAAAGAUCGUAGGAAAUUGUUAAGAUUUGCAACUGGUUGUACAAGACUUCCAAUUGGUGGAUGGGAAGUAUUGGGGCUUAAUCUUGAUGCAUUUCCGAUUGAGGAAGCACAUUAUUAUCCUGUUGGUAGAACAUGUCAUAAUUGUAUUAUAGUUCCACCAAAUAAUGAAGAAGCAGAAUUAAAAAGAAAAUUAAUUUAUGCAAUUUAUAAUCAAGCUGAAAUAGAUAGAGAUUAA